GUUCUGGCUCAAUCAGUUUAGUUUAGCUGCACAAUGUAGGAUCACCGUUAUCUGGCCGCGAAAGGCAAUUUCCUGUCUCUAUUUACAAUAUGAUGUCGCUAGUUUGAUUUCUAUUACACUUCCUGGUCGUGGAUAUUUUUGUAGGACAUUUAUGAUAAUGCACCCGAUGCCGAUUUGUAGUGUUAGUGGUGGAGACAUAUUUGACUGUAUACAGAGGGGGAAUUUAGAACAGUGCAUUCACUUCAUCCAAAAUGACCGAUCAGUCUUAAAGCAGAAAGGUUGGGGUGGUUUCACCCCUCUUCAUUAUGCUGCCCUACAUGGGAGUCGUUCAAUGGUGGAAUUAUUCUUAAGUAAUGGAGCUGACCCUAACCUAACAUGUGAUGCUGGACAGACAGCCUUUCAGUUUGCCUGCAGGCAGGGAAACAUAUAUAUUAUACAUCAAAUGAUGCAGUAUGGUGCUGAUUUGCGUAUCAUAGACCUACAGGGGAAGACAUCUCUACAUCAUGCUGUCACUGGUGGCAACAUUGUUGCAGUGCACUAUCUAUGGGAGACUGGGAUGUUCAGAUUUUCUGAUACAGACAUGUACAAAGUGACACCUCUUCACCUGGCUGCAUCUACAGGCAACACAGAGGUGGUCAGAUACUUGCUUCGAGACCAGAGAUGUGCAGUAGAAGCUGUUGACCAGCAGGGAGCGACAGCACUUCAUGUUGCAGCAGAGCGAGGGGGAGUGGAGGUGUGUUGGACUCUGCUGCAGAAAGCAGGGUGCAGAAUGCUCCAUCAGAAGAACCAUAGUGGGCUCACACCAUUGAAUCUCUGCAAACAGGGGAAGACAUUUAGACAUCAGCAACUCACCAAACUACUGAGUCGGUACAUUAAUGAGCCCUUAUACCACAAGCCCAGAGAGUCCCAUGUAUUGUACUACUGGACACUGUUUUUCCCCUUGCUGAGCGGUGCUGCCAUUCUGCUCAUAGCUGCCAUGUUGGGGGUGUAUGGUGGCCUUAUAUGUGGUCUGCUGUUCCCCUGGCUUGCCAGAAGUAUAUUUACUCAAUAUCAUCGCAUGACAACAUAUCAAAGGCUGCCUAAUCCAGUCUACUUGGGAACACUCAUCGCUGGUUUGUUCCAUUCCCUCCUCUGUUUCUAUGAGAAAAUUAUGCCUAGUGUCUGGCCAGCCUCUCCAUUGGUCCAAGUGUCAAUGAUCCACUUCUCUAUAGUUUUGUGCUUGUUUUGUAAGAUUUUAAUCCAGGAUCCUGGGAGACUGAAAAGAGAAGAAGCCGAUCCUAGGUUUUCCUGUAUAGCUGAUUUAGUCGAGAAUAACCAAAGUCAUCAUAGAUUCUGUCCAUAUUGUGAAUUGUUUCUGCCUGACAACACAAAACACUGUAAGCUUUGUGAUGUCUGCAUUAAGGACUAUGACCAUCAUUGCCUUUUCCUGAACCGAUGCAUCGGUCAGCGCAACCAUCGUCUCUUUCUCCUUUUUAUUCUGUCCAUGGUGGCAGCUCACGUUCUCUUUGGAGCAACAGCUACAAGUUACUUAUACAGCAAGAAGCCAAUGGGUAGCCACACACUUUCAGUGUGGCUAACACUGGUUGGAGAGGAGUUCUGGGUAGUGGUUCUGUUGGUAAUGAAUGUACUGACUCUCCUUUGGGAGGUAUGGCUACUGACAGAGCAAUUUGAAGCUAUAGCCAAUGGCACUACCACCUACUUCAGGCAGUGUGAGACAGGGUCCAGACACAAGUCACCUGUACAACGCUGGACUACUGUUUUAACUUUUAUUUUGGAGGGGCGAAAGCGGGUAGGCAGUGGACCAACACGUGAGAGCAAAUCUGCCAUAGAUAUCUAACACUGUUAAAACCUUUUGUGUGAUAUUGGUUAUUUAAUGAUGCUUAACUAUGUGUUUACAGUGUAUGAAGUGUGCUAUUGUGAUGUAAUACUGUUCCUUGACAAAAUAUCCUCUAAUGCCAUUUAUAGUAUGUACUUGAACUCAAACUUUACCAUAGUUUAGUUUUAAUAGCUUACUGUGCUUUUAAAUGCAGAUGACUUCAAGGAAGAUCAUACUCGCAUACAUUCUGACAUUGUUUUAGUGACCCCACCAUAUAUACAGUCUAUGGACCCCACUGAUGGUGACUAAAUAAUCAUGUCUCUAUGAAUAGUUUACGAUCAUGUUAUGGAUAAUUUACAAACUGUGAGUCGCAUAUCUUUUGUACUGUAAUACCUUUUAAUAUAUCUUAACAUAAUGGUCAGAGUAGGGUCAUAUAUUAUGUAUAUUGGUGAAAAAUGGUGGACAUUUUUGUUCAGCUAUAAUGUCUGAUCAUCUUUACUAGCACAGAAGACUAAUAUGUCAUUACUUCACUGACCUGCUCACAGUUAUGUGCCAAGACAAAUUCCCUCCUCUCAUUAUGGGACAUGGUCUUUCUAAUUACACAUCCCCAUUUCCUAUGUGUCGCUCAAAACCAUAUUUCUUGAUUAUAGAUCACACCCCACAGCCACUGCACUGUCUGUCUCUAUGAUAUAACCCUUUUACCUUUGAUAUGCAUUUUUAUUUGUCCUAUGUGUUGUCUACUGUGGUAAAGAUUAUGCACUUUGCACUUGUACUGAUGGUUUUACUGUGACUGACACCAUAUAUAUUUGUGAAUCAUACAUGGUUAAAAAUAAAUAAUGUAAAAAUAUUGCUAUUAAA